AUGCUUCUCCCUGGCAUAUCUGCCUCGACGAACACAAUUCUCGAAUCGAGGCCUCAUGGAUACUGCAAACAGCUGAAUAUUCCAUUGCCCAUCACUGCAGCAACUGCAGUCUAUGACAUACCAAAGGUAGACAAUGAUAUCGAAGCGGUGUCUUGGGCAAUCUUUGACGCCACUCGAACUACCAUACAUGGCCCCGGAAACAUCAUCAAGAACACUACAACUUCUGCAACCUUCAACAUUCAUGCGCAGUUAUGCAUUCCUAAUUCUGCUCAGCACUCUACGAAAAAUACCUUGCAGAUUGCUACUCACGGAGUGCACUACGAUUCCAGAUACUGGGACUCAAAGUACAAGCCGGAGAACCACUCCUAUGUGGAGGCAGCACUUAAAGCGGGAUACUCGAUCCUCACAUACGACCGCUUGGGAGUCGGCGAAUCUGAUCACCCGGAUGCAUACACCGUUGUCCAAGCUCCUCUGGAACUGGAGAUUCUUCGCCAAUUGACUUUGAUGGCCCGUAAUGGCACCCUGUAUGAAUUUGCGGGCCAUGCACAGCCCACCAAUUCUUUGUUCACGUCGUUGGCCACUCCACACAAAGUCGUACACAUUGGACACAGUUUUGGAUCUUUCCUCACCUCUGCAUUCAUUGCCAGAUACGGCCCUCUCAGUGACGGUGCUAUCAUCACGGGAUAUCUAGUGACUGAGAACCUCGGCAGUGCGGGUUCAACAUCGUUCAGCGUCGAAUAUGCUGCUACAGGAUCUCCCCCCUUUGACCGUCCAAGUGGCUACGUUGUAUGCCAGAGAGAUGGUAUCCAGAAUAUCUUCUUCGGAGGUAACCCCAAGACCGCGUUCACUCCAGAGUUGCUCGACUACGGCAUCAGCCUCAAGCAGCCCGUCCCCAUCGGAGAGUUCGCCUCUGCCUUCUCACUGAUUGGUAAUCCUGGCCCAUCUUUUAAGGCUCCUGUGCAGUUCUUGCUGCCGGAGUUUGACUUUUAUAUUUGCCGAGGAGAUUGCCGUGGUUUGGCCAAUGUGACCAUGUUGAAUCAGACGUACCCCAAUGCUGCCGCUAUUGAGGUCGCCCUCCAACCGAAUACUGGGCAUGCGCUGCCACUUCACAAUAACGCUACGGCAGGUUUCCAACUCAUGUUCGAUUUCUUUUCUAGACACGGACUAUAG